CGCCGAUGGCAGCAACGUUAUGGCACCCAGCAGCUCUUUUCACCAGAAAAAAGGCUCGCUAGUGGUGACCAGCAACGAAAACCGCACCGCACAGCGGAUCCAUCCGCACCAAGAGUUCAACAAUGGCAUUGUUAUGAGCGCUCAGCCUCUCCGCGAUAAUCAGCUGUUCGAAGUCAGGAUCGACAAGAAGGUGUCCACAUGGAGUGGUUCCAUAGAAAUCGGCGUGACGGCCCUGGACCCCGGCACGCUCACAUUUCCGUCGAGCGCCACCAACCUCCGCGAGGGCUCUUGGGUCAUGUCCGGCACGGGCGUGCUACAGGACGGCAAGACGCUGAUCGAGGAGUAUGGCACCGACCUCGACCAGCUGGGCGAGGGCGACCGUGUUGGCGUCAUGCGAACGUCAAGCGGCGAGCUGAAGUUCUUCGUCAAUGGCCGUAGCCAAGGCGUGGCGGCAAGUCACAUUCCACCGCAUGUGUACGCUGUGGUCGACCUGUACGGAAAGUGUGCCCAGAUAUCAAUCGUCGAGGAUGGGGAUCCACCACUGUCUGCAGGCGACAACAUAAGCUGCGAGAAUAUUGUCACCUUGGGAGCAGCUGCCUGUGCACCCCCGUCUGAUGAUCCUCUGCGAUUCCACACCCGGUGCGGUUCAUUGGUCCAGCUUUCCAACGAUAAUCGUACGGCAGAGAGGCGGCGGCCUUCGGAUGAAUUUAACAACGGCGUCGUUAUGACUCACAGGUCGUUGCGAGACGACGAGUGGUUUGAGCUUCGAAUCGAUGAACUGGUCAACAAGUGGUCUGGCUCCAUCGAGCUAGGAGUGACGACUCACAGUCCCGAGACCCUGGAGUUCCCGGCCACCAUGACGAACAUGCGCUCAGGUACCAUAAUGAUGAGUGGCUCUGGGAUCCUCACGAAUGGCAAAGGUAGCAGGCGGGAGUACGGCAACUACAACCUGGAUGAACUUCAUGAGGGCGACAGGAUAGGGGUGGUGCGCAAGUCCAACGGCAACCUCCACUACUACAUCAAUGGCAUGGACCAGGGUGUGGCCUCCGGCAAUGUCCCCAAAGUGGUGUACGGAGUGGUUGACCUUUAUGGCAUGACUGUCAAGGUCACUCUGUUGGACCACAACGAGAGCUCUCGCCGGCAUGUGGCAUCUCCCAGCGACGAAAGCAAGGCCAUUAAAGAUGACACAAAUGACCGGGAGACUGAAAGGUUGCUGUUCCACCCACGCUGCGGUGGACGCGCUGUGGUUGUCAACGACGGCCGCACUGCCCGUAGGACCCAGAUGGCGGCUUUGUUCAGUGCCCUGGAUGGCUUCAACAACGCCGUCGUCCUGACAAACCGUGCAUUACGUCCGGAUGAGCUGUUUGAGGUGGUCCUGGAGCAGCAGGUGUCCAAGUGGACGGGCUCCAUCGACAUCGGUGUGACCAUGUUCCCACCGCACCUGCUUGAGUUCCCCACCACAAUGACCAACGUACGGUCGGGCACCUGGGUGAUGACUGGCUGCGGUGUCAUGCACAAUGGCACCGAGGUCAUCAAGGACUACUGCCAGAACCUAGACACCUUGCAGGUUGGCGACAAAGUUGGUGUGAAACGGACAUCGGAGGGAAAUCUGCACUUCUACAUCAAUGGAGUGGACCAAGGCGUAGCUGCUCGCAAUGUGCCCGCUCGAGUGUACGGGGUCAUUGAUCUUUACGGGCAAGCUGCCCAGGCAUCGGUGGUGGACCACUCUGGUCCAGAGGCAGCGCCUGUGCCAGAACUCCAGUUGUUGGUGCCAUCACCGUCCCUGGCUCUGACGGCCGGUGAGCCGCUGGUCGCAGAGCUGCGCUUCAGCAAGAGGCAUGGCCGCAACGCGCGGGUCCUUAACAAGGGGCUGACGGCAGUGCGCCCAAAUGCGCAUGGAGAGUUCAACUUUGCCAUCGUCAUCAGCGACCGGCCUCUCGCUGACAACCAGCUCUUCGAAGUGGUUAUCGACCAGAUGGUCGACCGAUGGUCGGGAUCCAUCGAGGCUGGCGUCACGGCUAUCAGACCCGAAGACCUCGAGUUUCCUAGCACAAUGACAGACAUCACUCAUGAUACGUGGAUGUUGAGUGGCUCAGCCAUCAUGCGCAACGGCAACACUGUACGAAAUGGCUACAAGUGCGACUUGGACCAGCUCGGUGUCGGAAGCCGCGUGGGAAUGAUGCGCGACUCCGACGGUUGCCUUCACUACUUCGUCAACGGAGAGGACCAGGGAGUUGCUUGCAGGAACAUUCGAUCACCUGUAUGGGCUGUGAUAGACCUGUAUGGCCAGUGCGCACAAGUGUCCAUCGUGCCACAGCAACGGGUAUCGCCUCCGUCGGCCCCACCCGCCAAGGUGGCUAGUCCCGAGGUUACCAGAGCGAGCAUCACGCCUGCGCACAGUGUGUCUGUCAAUCACCAGUUCAACACCUGCUGCGGGAAGAAUGUGGUCCUUCGGAGUAAUAAUAAGGUGGCGUUCCGCUCUGCUGGCUUCAACCACGCCCUUGUGUUCAGUGCUGCCCCGUUGGAACUGGAGGAACUUUUUGAGGUUCAAGUGGAACAAGUGAGCGCAGUCUGGGCCGGUGCACUGGUGCUGGGCCUGACGACGCUUGCACCCGAACCAGGUGUUCCGCUUCCCCCCACAGCCCUCCGUCUUCCAGGCCACCAGUCGUGGCUCCUGGUUGGCUCCCGCAGUCUUCCACAAUGGCACCCUUCUGAAGGGACAACUACGGGCCAUCCUUACAUAGGCUGUCGGUUAGUUCUUGCCUCAUUUUACUUAGAACUGUCCUUGCAAGCUGCUCCUGCAGCUGGUGAACGAAUUGGUGUCCAGCACUGCUUUGAUGGGACGCUCCGUGUCCACCUCAACGGAGAGGACUUGGGACCGGCGGCUUCCAACUUGCCAAAGGUUCUGUACGCAGUCCUGGACUUGUACGGAAUGCUGGAAUCGGUGUCUCUGUGCAGUAGCAGCAUUGUCCCUGCCACACACUCGGCAGCCACCAAUUAUUUCGAUUGUGCCGAGCCAAGCCAAGGCACGCCAAGCAAAGAGAGAGUGGGCCAGGAGUUUCACGAGCAGCACGGCCGCAAUGUACGGCUGCGUGCAGGCAGCAUGGGUGCAUGCCGCACGACUGGCUACGGACACGGCCUCCUGCUCUCCACUAAGCCUCUUCCUCGGUGCCAGCUUUUUCAGGUUCGGAUUGAUCGUCUGAACAGCAAGUGGACUUCCUCCCUGCAAGUGGGCGUUGUUGGAGAGAACCCCGAGAAGCUUCACUUUCCCCUGAGUGCCCUGAAUCUGCGAAAACUGGCGUGGGUGAUAUCUGGCGACUCCGUCUACCACAACGGAAUCAAGGUGAAGGUUGGCUAUGGACCCAACCUUGAUUUUCUGCAGCAAGGCCACACGGUUGGCGUGCUAGUUGAUCUGGAAGGUGGGCUUCACCUGUACGUCAACGGUAUGGACCAAGGGGUGGCUGCCAGAGACCUGCCACCCAUGUGUUACGCCCUGGUUGACCUUUACGGUCAGUGUGAACAGGUGACGAUCACGGAGUCUCACGAUCAGGACAGCGAACCCGAGGCCGAUUCGAGAGAAAAAGCGGACAUAGAUAACGGUGUGAAAGAGAAGAGAGUAAAGAACCUUCACAAUGACAUCCACGCCAUCAAGAAUUGCGAGUACCAAAACCUGUGCCUGAGGUUCAAAGCCAUGCUUGGAAUUCCUGACAACUACUUUGUUCCUGACAUGAAUCUGUGCUACUGCGAGACCUGCCACAAGAUCCGUGGCGACGAGCCCUACCUCAAGGUUGGUGAACCACCCAGGGAUUAUGCAGUUCCCUUCGGGUGGUGCCGAUUCCCACUCAGGUUGCCAUCGAGGCCUGACCACAAUUCAGUGCAGCAAAAGUGGCACUUGGCAUAUCACGGAGUGCCGGUCGCUGCCGUGAGGAAGACCCUGGAUCACGGGCAGCUGCUCUCACCAGAUAAGGUGUCACUGUGUCAACCUCCCAAGUCGGGGUCAAGGAGCAAGUCGGACAACUUUGAAGGCCACUCCGUCUGCCUCUCCCCGACGCUGCGUUAUGCUGGCUGCAGCGCGUUAUGCCCAAAGCAUGAAUUCGUCGACCCGAAGACUAGCCGUCAGAUGUGGGCGAGGACUGCCUUCCAGGUUUUAGUCCAACCGGGCUCCUACACAACGCACCCUGCCCGCGUGGGCACCACGAGCCCCACGAGCAGCACUGCGUCGAGGGACCCAACCGAGACGUUUUUGGGCGCUUCGGAACUCGAGUGGAGGACCAAAGAGAGGGGUGCCACGAUCCUUACUGCUCUCCUUGUUCGGCUGGAAUUCCCGCCCUCCUGAUAGACCCCAAAAAUAGGAACUCUUGCUUGUUUUUAUUGUUGUUGUUUUUUCACUAGUAUUUUUCCAUUUAUGUGGGGACUUAAGUGUCGAUUACGCCAUCCCCACCCGCAUUCAUUUACACUGCUGAUCACGUCGGGGCGUUGUGCAAUUUUCAUUGGCUCAUUCUUAUCCCUGUGCCAUCGUCGACGAUUGCGUUUCGAACCUCUGCUCUACGUUGCAGCACAGGAUAGCCAGUGCAUCAGUGUAGAUGCUUUCAAAUGUACGCGAACAAGCAAUGACGUAGAAAUUAAUUCGCACGGUGCAUAAGUACUUGCGUACCCACUUAUAACACAUAUCUGUCGCAGAAAUAUGUUAAAACGGCUGGCAAUGGCUGGCCAUUGCCAAUUAUCUCGAAUUUCUGAUCAUUGAUCAUUGCUGUGAUGAUGUGCUCUAGAUUCGUUUGCAACCUUUGCGUUUGUCUCGUACGUGCUGUGCACUAAGUGCAGAGCAUGUCACAACGUGGACUCUGAGCGUUUAUCUUCAAUUUGUGGCAAACGUGUAUGUUUAUAGUGUGUGGUUGUCAUGUGCACAUAGUUGCUUGGCAUGUUGUCACCGCAAAUCUCUUCUGCUGUUCAUGUAAUAAGUAGCAUUCAUUCUUACAUGUCUCUUAAAGUUGUCUCGCUUUUGAGUGCCACGCUGCAUGUACAGCAUAAGAUCAGUGUGCUGUGUGUGGUUGUUUAUUUUUUGCCCAUUGUACGAAUAGGUAACUCACUCAUCGCUGUGAUUGUACCAGCGUGACCACUGAGUUCAUUCUGAGAGGUAUAUGGUGCUUUGCCUGAAAGAUUGGGUUUUUCAUUACAUUUGUCAUUGCCAAAUGUGUUCUCAACAAAUCAGAACUUUGUAGUCAAAUGGGUGGAGGAAAGCAAAUUGCCAUUACGAGCCAACAGCCAAGACAUUGUAUUCUGUAGAAAAACAUUAACAAAGUGGGCUCUCAUUACAAAUGCUGCCAGCCUCCACAAAAAACCUUUGAUUGGGUGCUCGCGUGUAUCAUCCAUGUGUAGCGUGUAGAACACGUCACUGCCAGUGCCGCUAACAGGCGUGGUUGAUAUAAACAUUGCUUGAAUGUGAAUUUUCGUAAUGUCUCAUGUGAUAAAAUACUUGCGAUGACAAAGAAAGCUAAGAUGUAGCGCAGUUCUCUCAUCCUGCAUCUUUUUUUAUGCUAAUUUUGAGAUUUGCAGUAUCAACUCUUCUGUUAAUUUGAUUACAAGGUUGCUAUUAAACAAUCCUGCUGUAAUAUAGCUUGCGAUGAUCACUUGUCUAUUUACGCUGACAGCCAGAUGGAGAAAUGAGUAGUGUUCUGGCUGCUGAGGAACCAUACUGUAUAAGAUGGGAACAGGGAAGAUAAGCUAUAAAAAGAUUUAUGAUAAAUAAAAAAAGAGAGUGAAGUUGCGCAUUUUCAUCUGCUAUGCAGUGUGGCACUUUCCUUUGAAUUAUGGGCGAACAUUUCGACAUUAUAGCAACCUUUGGAAAACGCACAAAACGCUGCUAAAUAAUUGUUCUAAAGAUGAACAAAUUUGUACUUAAGAGGGCUCUGUGAAUUUGCUAUUCUUAGCCUUUUUUUUUUCUGUUGUGAGCACAUAUUUGCAUCACAUUAUUUGCGAUUACCUUUGUCUCGCUCGGUUUUAGUAAUGACACAGCACAACCGUAAGAGUCCCGUCAUGGCAUUGUAUAUACUUGCUGCAAUUGAUGUGGGCAAGCGGGCUGACAACAUUAGGUGGUCGUUGAUAUGGGUAGUAUCGACUGUAUUCCUAGAAAUACUGCGACAUAUUCACAGUCUAGCAGGUUUCUUGCACCAUUUUUGGUGUCCCCGACUUCAUCCUAAGAUGACAGUCCUCGUAUCUGGAGUGUUCAAAAAGCGAUUAAACACCCAUUUGUUCUUGAACGUGGAUGUCCACUCUGAGUGUCUAGUGUAAACGCUGAAACUUUAGGCGCCAUCUUGUUGAGGUCUGAUUGUCCUCAUGUGGUCCGUGAUGAAGUUCUGAAACCUUUAAUGAACCUGCCUGCUUCCACUGGUUGCCUGGCAUCCCUGCUAACCAAAGAAAGCUGUCCAUUGAGGCCAGGAGCGUCUAAUGCUAGCAACGGUCCAGCAUCUAGACGUUGCAAAAUGGCCUAUUUGCUCAUGUUCUUGGCGGAAGUUGUGAUGUACUGUACAAAGGGCAUCACCCUUAGUGAGAUGUAGAAGGAAUCGUUUCUGCAAAUGUGAUACGUUGCUAUGAGCAAUGCAGUUAAUGAGCCGAGUAGAUACAGCUGUGCACACGAAGAUUUUGUGCGUGGCUACGGGGCAGUUGAAUUGUGUUCGCUGGUCGCGCAACUACUAUGAAUCGCAGUUUAAACGUUAAGGGCCUUUGUGGGAUGUUACUGAUUCUCAAUGUCGUAUCGUGUCGUGAUCGAUUGCUAGGUCCUAUUAUUGCUUCGCUUCUCAUUGCUGUACACCAUUAACUGACAUUAGGUGUGUUCCAGGAGAUCUUCGAACUAUUUUUUUUUAAUGUAUUCUUAUUGUGCAAAUGCACUCUCCUGUCCAACUGUAAAAAGGUGUUCUAGUUCUCAGCUUGUGAUCUCUUGCUGUUCACUUAGUACUGCAAGCAGCUUGCUGCCUAGAUAACCAUCUUGACAUUCAUCAUCAAUUUUGAUUUUUUUUUAGGAUGCAACCCCUUGGGACAUACCUCUUGAUAAAUGUAGCACAGAAUAGGCAUGGCCAUUUUUUCAUGCAUGAAGACUGCACACUACGAUUUGUGUGGUUAUGAGUUUUACAAAUAUAGUAUUAACAUGCAGAGACAGGCCGACACUGCGCAGAAAGUGAAAAGUGUGUUUCAUGUAAUUGCCACUUUGCUUUAUUUGUCUCUGUUAAAAGGGCCCUGAAACGGUUUUGACGAUUUUUUACAAACAAAUUGGGCCGAUAGACCAAGUGUCAAGGGUAAUUUAGAGACCGAUUUGAACCCUCUGCAUAAACUGUGUAUAUUAUUACACUAUUAUAUUAUUCGCUUUAAAUCAGCGAAUCGCUCCAGAUCGCUGCGACUCGACCAAACGCAUUUUCAACUGCCCAUACACCAAGCGACACGCUCAGCCCCACUGAUGUCACCGUUUCGAGCUGAUCUGAUUGGCUGUGGAACGCACAGCACAGACUGCCGGUAUGGGAUCGGUGCGGGAUUUAUGCGUAUGCGGUCUCACGCCACAUCAUGAAGGCGGAGCUUAUCCCCAAGCGCUCGAAGGAAGAGUUGAGAGCACUUGAGGGUGAAAGGCAAAGCGGAGGAGGAGGGUACUUUUUUAGUACUCAUAGCUCGCUUAAUAAUGGGUGUUUCGAUUGAACUCUGGUGCCAAUUAUUUGCUCCAGCAGUGGUCUAAUCAAAAACUGAAUGUGAAAAAAUUGUUUCAGGGACCCUUUAAGUGGCCAACGUACAUUGUUUGUCAAGCAAAUGGCUUUGAAGCAUGUGUCCAGUCUGUGAAUAAUGUAACAGUGGAUUUGACAUGUUUCCUUUGUGUAUAUCUUUUAGGUGCAAUGACAUACCUAUGAAGCCUUCUUUUAAUGGGGCCUUAAAUGAAACUUUUGAAGGAACAAUCGGAAAGCUGCCUUUGUUGGUAUCGACGUCUAUUUCUCCAUUGAGUUCAGUUUUAAAGAACUUUGGACGCAACAGAAUCGUACACUCUUGGUAAUUUGCAUGUGACUGGUGGACAUGACGCUUACACUUGCGUUUCAUAUCAAAUAAUACAAUGCUUGGUAAGGCCGUAUUGCAGAGCUGUCAUAUACACAGGUUGAACGGGUUGUGCUGGUGUGUGAUUCAACAUGUCCCUAUCAGUUGAAGUUUUUAUUUUCACUUAAAUUGCUAGCGUUUUGACCGCCUCUUUGAAGUUUUUUGCUGAGCUAGACGAAUGCCGUGAUGUAUAAUUCAGAGAUGCUGGCCUUCCCUAUUUGUUUUAAACACUGAUAAAGUCUCAUUGAUGGCAAUUCACCUUAAUGAUUGUCCUAAAUAUUCAAGUAACUAUUUUUAUAAGCACCCGAUAGUAACAGUGACUCUGAAAAGUUUUUAAAUUAUCUCCACAUACUUUUUCAAAACUCUGAUUUAUUUGCAGUUUGUGGCGUUGUAGCACAGUUGCCGGUUGUGGACGUAUCUGAUUGAACUCGUGCAUGGGACAUGUACUUACCGAUGCAACAGGCAAGCCUUGCUAAUAGGCGUUUUAGCUCGUGUGAAACAUCGUGCCGAUAACAAGGCUUAUUGUAUGUGGCUGUUUUCUCUUUAAGAACUGGCCCAUUUACAAUCUUUGAUAAGACCUGGGCCAUGCUUUGUGAAAUGCUGAAUUUCAUCGUUUGCGUUAUUUCUGGAGCGCAUUUCACAGUGCAUGGUAUUUCUGUGUGCAGUAUUAGCCUAUUUUGCUUGAGCUGAAAAAAAGAGCACCUCUCUCUUAGAUGAUUCCCAGAAAGAAAAUGUGCCUCCUGUGAAGGUAUUUUCACUGUUAUUGGUUCAGAAAGUGAUACCUUGUCAUGUUCUCAUCACCUCUGCAGGCAUUUUUUUCUCCCAAGACGGGUCGCUUCAACAUUGUAUAGUAGAGAAAUACACUUCUUUCUUUGUCUAUCAUUGCCACGGAUAACAUGUUGCAUAUGUCUAGUUUAACUUUGAAGUGCAUUGCGUACUUUUGGUUAGGUACCAGUCGACAGAAGGUACACCAGAAAAGACCUAUCUGGCAACUUAAGGCCAGGUGCAAAUGAUGCAACGGUUUAGCCAGAAGCAUCACUUACACAGUGGCUUUGUUAUCAACACGAUGUAUAGUAUUUUUUGUGGUCUCGCUACAUCUUAAAAUGAACGGUGAGCCAGACAAACUAAGCGGAUGUUGCAGCGUACCACUUUGAUGAACUUGUCAUGAUGAUAAUGAUAUAUUUCUCCCAGAGCACAAGAGGCUUCAUGUGGCAUGUAUGCGAUGCCAAUCGAUAAGAGUCGCCGCUCACAUUUUGGUAUGUCUGUUACGGACAUAACGUCAUUCCGAUUCCCCAUAUUUUUGUAAGACACAACUUUGGUCGCUACUCUUUCCAGUAUGCACCUGUUCAUGAUGUCGAAAGAUGUGCAUGUCUAAUGCAGCACAGCAAGAUAUGUGAAAGAAUCUUUGCUAUUUCUGUCCCGCGUGACUUGCCAUAGGCCAUUUUGCUUUGUGUAACAUACUCUGUACAUACAUGUGUUAGAGAAUAAGAAAAAAGAGCUAAGUGUAUAUAUAUAUCUGUUUGAAUCGAAUCGCUUGUUUUUGUCUUCGUGAUUUUUUUUCCUUUCACAUUUUACUCUCCAUAGUAUGUAUAUUUAACUUCAUGCUGCAAAUUUAUGGUGAAAUGGGAGAGACAAAGCCUAUCUUUGUUUAUGGGUACUUAGACGUUUCUUCCUCUCUUUGCUACAGCUCUUCUUUCAUUCAAGAAAAGCUUGUUAAAAUCAUAUCACCAAGUAUGAAAUGCACUCGUAAGUUACCUUCAAGAUAUGUAAACGCAAAUGGGUUCAGGGAGGGUCUUCUUCCUCUCUCUUUUUUUUCUUUGAGAAUGUGCACAAAUGAAAAUUGAUUUGAUGUUCUAGCAUUAUAUGCAGCAAUUAAAAGUAGCAACUAAGCUUUUUACACUGCAAGUAGUCAUCAGCUGUGCACUGUAGUAAGCUUGUCAUUCAAAGCAUGCUAAUGUUCUUGCCUUUGCCAUCAUUGAAAGCUUAUUUUUUCAUCAUUUUAUGAGUUGUACCUAUGUGUGAAAUCAGUCUUUUACCAAAAAAUGAACAUACCUACGCAUUCAUGCGUUGAAACCAGAAGCAGCAUCAAAUGAUAGAACAAAGAAAGAUCCUGGCCUCUGUCAUGCAUUCAUGUAUUUAGCACCUCAGCUACUUUCAAGCGUGGUGCUGCUGUCGUUGCGUUAUUCGAGGUAUAAAUAAAUAAAUAAUUAACAUUGCUGCAUGCCACCACUUUUGGCUUGCAAAAAACUGUCACAAUUGCCUUACGCAUAGCAGUUAUUCUGACUUAUUAUGAGAAUGUUCACAAACUUUGUAAAUGCAGUGAUCAUAGCAUGAACAAUGAUUCUGAAGCCACAUGCAAUGGCUGCAUAGUACUGACAGCACUCUGACUCUGCAUUAGCCAAUCCUGUUAUCAGUAUAAUUUAUAACCGCAGUGAUGUUCUUCAUGGUCUUACAACACUUUGGAAUCAUUGUGAAAAUUUGAAUGAUGCGUGCUAUGAACUCCCUUUAUGGUUUUUCUUUCUUUUGUGGUGGUGGCCCUCUUUAUUGCAGAACGAUGGUGACCAGAACAUGUUCUGAAAUAAAAACGAGCUCCCGAUUGACAACUGCAGCAGAAUAGUUCGGAAAAACGCUCGUUGAUACCAACUAGGCAACUUGUACAUCAUUGCAAAAGCAGGUACAUCUGUUGGGACAGGUGCCUCCUUUCAUACUAAUAUACAUUGUGCUAUUUUGCCACAGCCAAUUGCUUGGCCCACUUGAACGCCACAGUGUAUUUUUUGGUGCUGAGCUUUAUUUGCACUUAUCUAGUCGGAAGGGCCGUUUGUAUGUGAUGCAAAAUGACACAUGACUGUGACUGAAACGACAUAAUGACUCCUGAAGUGGGUCUUUUUGGAAGUUGGGUUUCAUGACAGAGAGUGAUGGCUGUUUGCUUUUGUUCAUAUUUUUUUUCAUUAACGUGGUGUUUGUGUUGAGUGUGUCCAGCUUUUGUUGUACAGUGAACCGACAAAGGAACAGAAAGUUGAAGUAUACCUCUGCACUGAAUCAUUUAUAUUUAAGAUGCGCACCGAGGCUACGUGAGUGCGUGUACGCUUCGAUCGCUUGGGUGUGUACUUUUGCAGGAGUCAAGCACGUGAGUGGCUUGCUGGGCUUUCCUGGCUCAUAGUUUUCACUGUGUUUUUUUUUUUGGGAGGGGGGGGGGAGUCCAAAUAAACUCGCAUAAAAGCAAAGAGAUGCAUGUGUGGUUGUGCCUUUGUAUACGAACAUGAAUAAUGCAAAAUGCAUACUUCUGUAGAUAUUUCUGAAUAGCGACACCUGUAACAGUUGAUAAACUGUCAAACCCAGUCAGUGUAAAUGGCCAGGUAAUGGAUAUGAAAAAUAAAUAUUUUAGUAG